AUGUUCCCAAAGAAGGAGUUAUUGAUAUUUGGUGGUGCAACAAAAUCAGGUCCUUUAAAUCAAUUACUCCGUUUACACCUUGAUGAUCUUUCAGUACCAAAAGCAAUAUCAACAGAGAACUCAUCAGUAUUUGAAAUUCAGUCAUUCACUGGAAGUAUAAAACAAAGCUGCAAUCACACUAAUCCUGCUUGUAAAUCGCGUACACAACAUUCAUCUGUUUCACUUACAGAAUAUGAUCAACUCUUAAUAUUCUCUGGUGGAGAUGUUGGCAGUCAGACAGUAUCAGAUGACAAAGUACAUAUGUAUGAUAGUGUAUUGGAUUCAUGGAUUAAAAUACCAGUUGAGGGUAUUUCACCUUGUUCACGGUUAGGUCAUUUAAUGCUUUAUGAGUCACCGUGUCAGCUGGAAACUUCGAAUGCUGAACAUCGUAUACCAAAAGGGAAAUUGUAUAUACAUGGAGGAAUGGCUGAUGAUGAACUAUUUGAUGAUCUUUAUGCUUUACAUUUUGCUCAGUGUGAUAAUGGUGAUGUACACUUUAAAGGUGUAUGGAGUAAAUUAUACCCUAAUAUUAAUGCUGACGCAAUAAACUCAAAUGAGAACUCAAAUACACCACAUCUCAAAUCCUUAGGUUAUAUUUCACCGGGUUCACGUGCUGCUCAUGGUGGAGCGAUUUUGACAAAUAAAAUAUUUGGGUCAGAUACGACUAAAAUAUUUAUAUUUGGUGGAUUUUCAAAAACUGGAGCUUUAAAUGACAUGUUCUGCUUUGAUACAAAUCUGAAACAGUGGAGUGAAAUCAAGUGUGAGACAGGUAUAUUGCCUGGUCCACGUUUAGAUUUUGCAUAUUGUGUAGUCACGAUGACAGUACAGAAGAAAAAUGCGAAAAUUAAAUUGGUGGAAUUGACAAGCAAUUCAUUAAAAGAUGAUCAAAGUACAGGUGAUACUAACGAAGAAGAGGAAGAAGAAGAAAGCAAUGACGAAGAAAAAAGUAGUAAUCAUCAUAACGUUGAUGCUUACUGUCAAGAUUAUUUCUUUAUCCAUGGUGGAAUGGAUACAGAAGGCAAAGUGUUCAAUGAUGCCUAUCUUCUUUUACUGUCUGAAUAUCAAAUAUCGAAUCCAAUGAAUUUUCAGACAAUUUUAAAUGAGUGUAAUUGUAAAAAUGUAUAAAUAGUAUAUUACUGUACAGGAAAUAUUCCUUCUUAUCUGUAAAUUUACAGUGUAUUUGACAGUUACUAAGACUGCUAUACACCUCAUGGAAGCAUAGAUUAUACAUAGACUGCAUAUUACAAGAUAUACACUUUAGAUAGUCUUUCUUUUCGUG